CGCGCCCCCCCUCGACACCGCGGCCCGCUCGGCCAAUACGCCCAGCUCCAGCGAAGAAGCGGCAAAGCCAGUGCCUGAGUACGAUCUGGUUGCAGAUCCGUGGACAGACGAGCAGGAGACGGCACUGUUGAAAGGGAUCGUGAAGUGGAAGCCUGUCGGAGUGCACAAACAUUUCAGGAUGAUUGCCAUUUCGGAAUAUAUGAAGAGUCAAGGGUACGCGCCGUCGCAUGCGGAACACACGCGGAUCCCGGGGAUUUGGAAGAAGCUGGGCACGCUCUACAAUCUCCCGGCACUGGACGAACGGGAAGAUUCGCUCAUCAUGGAUGGCUCCGAUGAUGCAGACUCGUCCAGGGAGCACUACUGUCCGUUUGAAUUGCCGCAGGACGAAUAUGGUCAUUUAAUGUUUGAGCGGCGGCUGGCCAUGGAAGGCUCAGCAUCGCCGGCAGCCAGCGAUCGCUACCGGAUGGAAUCACGGAGGGGAAGCACUGUCGCUGAUACGGAUGAACCCCGUUCUUCGCCUGCACCGCAACGAGGACGCAAGAAGCGCGGCCGCCCCGCCCGAAGCACCCGGACCAGCAAGCUGCACAUCGAGAUGGAGCCGCCCAAGAAAGCCGCCGAAGAAGACGAGGAAGGGGAGGAGGAAGCCGAGUCGGAAAACGGCGAGGAAUACAGCACGGACGAUGACAAGGACGACAGUGACGAGGAUGACGACGAGGAGGAAGAAGAGGAUGGCGACGUGGAUGGCGAGGGGGGAGGGUCUCCGACAACAAGGCAUACCCGGGCAAAGACGUCACGAACGCGCCAGAAGGAGAAAAAGGGCGGUACGAUGGGGACAAGACGUGGUGGUCGACGUCGCUGAAAGAGGAUCUUCUAGGAUGGGUCUGUGGG